CAUAUUCACCAUCAACUACCCAAUCAGCAACAACUUUAACAUCCCUUACCUCUAUGACUACUGGUUCUGCAGUGCCCACCACUUCAAGCACUAAUGACUACACGUCAAUAGACGUAACUGGACAAACCACUGACACUUCCGAAAUGUCACGAAGCACUAGUCAGAAGUUCCCAGUAUCUGCUUCCACAGAUGUCACACCUCCCUCCUUUUCAACAACAACAUUCGCAACAGUAGUGACAACAGCAACAGAUGGCCCAAUCCAAACAAGUCCAAUAGUUUCUACAACAGAUGACUCGGCUCAGCCCACACUGUUCUCCUCAACUGAAGCUGUCCAUUCAACACCAUCCACCUAUUCAACAUCCAUGCCCUUAACAUCUUAUCCAUCAGUCACUUCUGAAACUACAGAAACAACCUCAACAGACUACACAUCAAUUAAAAUAACUGGACAGACUUCUGAAUCUUCACCAGCACCAGAUCAAACAAGUCAGCAAUCAUCAGCAAUUCCAACCACAGAUGAAACCAUGGCUUCAGUUUCAACAGCUAAAUACAACUCCACAACUGUGCUACCACCAUUCACAGGAAGUGCAACUCAAACAGUUCCUAUAACAGAAAUAUCCACUCAAAUAACUCCUGUAUUCUCAACUGAACCCACAUAUUCACCAUCAACUACCCAAUCGGCAACAGCUUUAACAUCUCUUAUGUCUGCAGCAACUGACACUUCAAGCACUAAUGAAUACACAUCAAUAGACAUAACUGGACAAACCACUGACACUUCCGAAAUGUCAAGAAGCACAAGCCAGAAGUUCCCAGUAUCUGCUUCCACAGAUGUCACACCUCCCUCCUUUUCAACAACAACAUUCGCAACAGUAGUGACAACAGCAACAGAUGGCCCAAUCCAAACAAGUCCAAUAGUUUCUACAACAGAUGACUCGGCUCAGGCCACGCCGUUCUCCUCAACUGAAGCUGUCCAUUCAACACCAUCCACCUACUCAACAUCCAUGCCCUUAACAUCUUAUUCAUCAGUCACUUCUGAAACUACAGAAACAACCUCAACAGAGUACACAUCAAUUAAAAUAACUGGACAGACUUCUGAAUCUUCACCAGCACCAGAUCAAACAAGCCAGCAAUCAUCAGCAUUUCCAACCACAGAUGAAACCAUGGCUUCAGUUUCAACAGCUGAAAAUAAUUCCACAACUAUGCUACCACCAUUCACAGGAAGUGCAACUCAAACAGUUCCUACAACAGAAAUAUCCACUCAAAUAACUCCUGUAUUCUCAACUGAACCCACAUAUUCACCAUCAACUACCCAAUCGGCAACAGCUUUAACAUCCCUUACUUCUGCAGCAACUGACACUUCAAGCACUAAUGAAUACACAUCAAUAGACAUAACUGGACAAUCCACUGAAACUGCAGAAGUAUCAAGAAGCACAACUGAAGCCACAUAUUCACCAUCAACUACCCAAUCAGCAACAAUUUUAACAUCCCUUACCUCUAUGACUACUGGUUCUGCAGUGCCCACCACUUCAAGCACUAAUGACUACACGUCAAUAGACGUAACUGGACAAACCACUGACACUUCCGAAAUGUCACGAAGCACUAGUCAGAAGUUCCCAGUAUCUGCUUCCACAGAUGUCACACCUCCCUCCUUUUCAACAACAACAUUCGCAACAGUAGUGACAACAGCAACAGAUGGCCCAAUCCAAACAAGUCCAAUAGUUUCUACAACAGAUGACUCGGCUCAGCCCACACUGUUCUCCUCAACUGAAGCUGUCCAUUCAACACCAUCCACCUAUUCAACAUCCAUGCCCUUAACAUCUUAUCCAUCAGUCAGUUCUGAAACUACAGAAACAACCUCAACAGACUACACAUCAAUUAAAAUAACUGGACAGACUUCUGAAUCUUCACCAGCACCAGAUCAAACAAGUCAGCAAUCAUCAGCAAUUCCAACCACAGAUGAAACCAUGGCUUCAGUUUCAACAGCUAAAUACAACUCCACAACUGUGCUACCACCAUUCACAGGAAGUGCAACUCAAACAGUUCCUAUAACAGAAAUAUCCACUCAAAUAACUCCUGUAUUCUCAACUGAACCCACAUAUUCACCAUCAACUACCCAAUCGGCAACAGCUUUAACAUCUCUUAUGUCUGCAGCAACUGACACUUCAAGCACUAAUGAAUACACAUCAAUAGACAUAACUGGACAAACCACUGACACUUCCGAAAUGUCAAGAAGCACAAGCCAGAAGUUCCCAGUAUCUGCUUCCACAGAUGUCACACCUCCCUCCUUUUCAACAACAACAUUCGCAACAGUAGUGACAACAGCAACAGAUGGCCCAAUCCAAACAAGUCCAAUAGUUUCUACAACAGAUGACUCGGCUCAGGCCACGCCGUUCUCCUCAACUGAAGUUGUCCAUUCAACACCAUCCACCUACUCAACAUCCAUGCCCUUAACAUCUUAUUCAUCAGUCACUUCUGAAACUACAGAAACAACCUCAACAGAGUACACAUCAAUUAAAAUAACUGGACAGACUUCUGAAUCUUCACCAGCACCAGAUCAAACAAGCCAGCAAUCAUCAGCAUUUCCAACCACAGAUGAAACCAUGGCUUCAGUUUCAACAGCUGAAAAUAACUCCACAACUAUGCUACCACCAUUCACAGGAAGUGCAACUCAAACAGUUCCUACAACAGAAAUAUCCACUCAAAUAACUCCUGUAUUCUCAACUGAACCCACAUAUUCACCAUCAACUACCCAAUCGGCAACAGCUUUAACAUCCCUUACUUCUGCAGCAACUGACACUUCAAGCACUAAUGAAUACACAUCAAUAGACAUAACUGGACAAUCCACUGAAACUGCAGAAGUAUCAAGAAGCACAACUGAAGCCACAUAUUCACCAUCAACUACCCAAUCAGCAACAACUUUAACAUCCCUUACCUCUAUGACUACUGGUUCUGCAGUGCCCACCACUUCAAGCACUAAUGACUACACGUCAAUAGACGUAACUGGACAAACCACUGACACUUCCGAAAUGUCACGAAGCACUAGUCAGAAGUUCCCAGUAUCUGCUUCCACAGAUGUCACACCUCCCUCCUUUUCAACAACAACAUUCGCAACAGUAGUGACAACAGCAACAGAUGGCCCAAUCCAAACAAGUCCAAUAGUUUCUACAACAGAUGACUCGGCUCAGGCCACGCCGUUCUCCUCCACUGAAGAUGUCCAUUCAACACCAUCCACCUACUCAUCAUCCAUGCCCUUAACAUCUUAUCCAUCAGUCAGUUCUGAAACUACAGAAACAACCUCAACAGACUACACAUCAAUUAAAAUAACUGGACAGACUUCUGAAUCUUCACCAGCACCAGAUCAAACAAGUCAGCAAUCAUCAGCAAUUCCAACCACAGAUGAAACCAUGGCUUCAGUUUCAACAGCUGAAAAUAACUCCACAACUAUGCUACCACCAUUCACAGGAAGUGCAACUCAAACAGUUCCUACAACAGAAAUAUCCACUCAAAUAACUCCUGUAUUCUCAACUGAACCCACAUAUUCACCAUCAACUACCCAAUCGGCAACAGCUUUAACAUCUCUUAUGUCUGCAGCAACUGACACUUCAAGCACUAAUGAAUACACAUCAAUAGACAUAACUGGACAAACCACUGACACUUCCGAAAUGUCAAGAAGCACAAGCCAGAAGUUCCCAGUAUCUGCUUCCACAGAUGUCACGGCUCCCUCCUUUUCAACAACAACAUUCGCAACAGUAGUGACAACAGCAACAGAUGGCCCAAUCCAAACAAGUCCAAUAGUUUCUACAACAGAUGACUCGGCUCAGGCCACGCCGUUCUCCUCAACUGAAGUUGUCCAUUCAACACCAUCCACCUACUCAACAUCCAUGCCCUUAACAUCUCAUUCAUCAGUCACUUCUGAAACUACAGAAACAACCUCAACAGAGUACACAUCAAUUAAAAUAACUGGACAGACUUCUGAAUCUUCACCAGCACCAGAUCAAACAAGCCAGCAAUCAUCAGCAUUUCCAACCACAGAUGAAACCAUUGCUUCAGUUUCAACAGCUGAAAAUAACUCCACAACUAUGCUACCACCAUUCACAGGAAGUGCAACUCAAACAGUUCCUACAACAGAAAUAUCCACUCAAAUAACUCCUGUAUUCUCAACUGAACCCACAUAUUCACCAUCAACUACCCAAUCAGCAACAGCUUUAACAUCCCUUAUGUCUGCAGCAACUGACACUUCAAGCACUAAUGAAUACACAUCAAUAGACAUAACUGGACAAUCCACUGAAACUUUAGAAGUAUCAAGAAGCACAACCGAAGCCACAUAUUCACCAUCAACUACCCAAUCAGCAACAACUUUAACAUCUCUUACCUCUAUGACUACUGGUUCUGCAGUGCCCACCACUUCAAGAACUAAUGAAUACACAUCAAUAGACAUAACUGGACAAACCACUGACACUUCCGAAAUGUCAAGAAGCACAAGCCAGAAGUUCCCAGUAUCUGCUUCCACCGAUGUCACGGCUCCCUCCUUUCCAACAACAACAUUCGCAACAGUAGUGACAACAGCAACAGAUGGCCCAAUCCAAACAAGUCCAAUAGUUUCUACAACAGAUGACUCAGCUCAGGCCACACUGCCUUCUUCAACUGAAGCUGUCCAUUCAACACCAUCCACAACCUUAACCCCUCUUCCACCAGUCACUUCUGAAAUUACACAAGAAAGCUCUACUGAUGGUGUCCAUCCAACACCGUCCAUCAACUCAACACCUUUUACGUCAGUCACUUCUGUAUCUGAGAUACCUGCCACAGCAAACUCAACAGAGCAGACAUCAAGUAUAACAACUGGACAGUCUACUGCAUCUUCAACAGCACCAGUCCAACCAAGUCAGCAAUCAACAACAUUUCCAAGCACAGACAGCUCCACAACUAUGCCAGCAACCUCCACAAAAAGUUCAACUAUAUCAUUUCCCAUGACAGUCACAAAUAAUGUUUCAAUUUCUACACAGCCCACCCACUUCACCUCCAAAAAUCUGUCACCUUCCACCUCUGAAUCAAUCAAAUCAACUGUUGUACCCAGUACUGGAUACACAGCGAAAGAAACACUUUUGCCACCAAACAAUUUCAGCUCCACAACCCUGAAAACAUCGACAGUAGGUCCAACCCAUACAACUUUAUCGUCAUCAACCACAAAAUACUCCUCCACAGCUCUAUCCUCUACCAUCAGUGCAGCUUCUUUUUCCAGCUCUACAGCUGAAGAAGAGAAACAAUCAACAACAUUACCUUCUACAAGUUCACAAAAUUCUGUAUCGCCAAGUGAAUCUUCAAUAUCAACUAUCACUGCUGUCACCAUAAAUAGCUGCACAGAUUGCGAGUGUAAUGGUGCACCAUGUUUUUUUAACAUGACUUCUGGGUUGUGUGAAUGCAACUGCAGUGAUUCCACUUAUGGUGAUUCAUGUAGUUUUGCAGCUAACAUAAGACCUGUUAUAUUCUCUGAGGGGAGACCUACAAGAAAGGCAAACAUUUCUUUGAAAAUUAUGAAGGAAUAUAUUCCUGACUUUGAGGAUUUGAACUCUGAGGCAUCCAAAAACUUGAUUUCAAAGUUAUCACGUGAGCUUUCUGACAUUUGCAGAAGAGCAGAUCCACAAAACUUCAGAGAUGUAAAGAUCAUCAGACUAUUACGUGGAAGCGUCAUCGUCAAAAGCAUUGCACAGUACAACUAUCCCAACAACCAAUCACAAAUAGAGUUUCUCAACAAGGAUCUAGAACUCUCUCUAACUAAGUUGUUUAAUAAUUCAGAUUUGCUUAAACAUUUAAGCGAAGCACUUGGAAAUGUUUCUGUUCAGGAUGCAGAAGUUCUAAUGCAGACAGCUGAAAUAGCAAAUGUUUCAGACCUGAAACCGUUCAUGAGUUGUAAAUCGGAUUUUGCCAACUACACACUGAAUAUUGUGGAAGGUGCCUGGGUGUGUGAGGGGCCAUGCAAAAGUAACCCCAGCUACUGCAACAAUCAUGGGGAUUGUGUGAACGUGAAAACUGGUCCAAUGUGCCAAUGCUACAAGUCUUCUUUUCAAGAAUACUACGGACCACAGUGUGAGCUUUUCCACAGAGGUGCAGGGUUUUACGCUGCCCUCUUCGGGAGUUUAGGAGCUGUCCUUCUUCUUUUCAUCACUGUGACAAUCGUGAUUAUAGUCAUACAGCUGAGGCGCAGAAGAUGCUGGUCCAUGAGCAGCAGUCACGAGUCGAAGAGGUCGAACUUGUUUGAUGACUACUUCUUUGACUUCACCGACAGAAGCCAAGAAUGUCAACUUCAGAAGUAUUCUUUGCAUGAUAACCUACCAGAGGCAGAGGCUGGAAUGUUUAGGUCACAUCUCAAAAAUGUUGAUACGACUUCGAAUGUGAAGACACAAUAACAGAAGCAAUGCCAUAAUUAACAUCGGGUUUUUCGGGUCACUCUGGAGAUCUUCAAGCUUUGCUGUCUUUCAUAUAUUUACUUACAAGCACUAUUAUAAUUAUCUCUAAAUCAAAGAUUAUUGUCUGUCAUAAGAAAUGAUUAGGCCACAAGUAUAGAUUUGUGAGCUACAUUGUCUUUUUGCCACACUUCUGCAGAACACAUAAAUAAUAGCUAAUAAAUUAUUACAAUAGCCUACACACAUUUAUUUAUAUAAAAUUUCAUUAUGCCAUGUAUUUGAAAGUUACCUGGAUGGAUGUUAUGAACAUAAACUAGCUUCCAUUGCUGCUGUA